AUGCAAAAGUCCAUGGACAAGAUGGUGAGCAAGAUCAAAAGUUUGGAGAAGAAGGUUUCUGGUUCUUCAAGCAAGAAGAAGAAGUCCAAGGCCCCCACAUUCCCUAGGAGUAGAUCACUCCUCACCACUCCAAGGAGGCUCCCUGCCCAAGAGCCUCACAGAGCCUCUUCUUUCGAGCCAAGGGAAGGAGAAGACAACACGCAGAGAAGGAGGAAGACUUCCAAGGCCAGACGCUCCAGCUCGACCACCGGACUCGAUCGAGUCCAAACAGAGGAAACUCAACUCGAUCGAGCUGACGGUCGAGCUGACCUGGAGGAGCCCCAGUUCGAGAUCCGGGAUUUGAGUACGAUCCCAGCCUUACCAGGACCUCCCCGGAGUAGAUGGAACCCCUAUGGACAGUACGAGCUACCAAUGCUCCACCAAGGCCAAGGAAGCCACACACAUUUCAACGAUGAAGAAGAGGAGGAAGAGGAGCCACAAGCUCGAUCGAGUGAGCCACAAGAGGCAACCCCAGUUGCAUGGAGUGCUCCUGAUGGCCGUCUCCCAUCUCCAGACCACGACCUAGUCUCCCAGUUCUUUGGGGGACACUGA